AUGACUGAACUCCAACCCAGUACUGGCAAAGUUCAACAACACACCAAAGACCAUCCUUGGAUCAAGGACGGAUGGUUUAGAGAACUCAGUGACAAAUGUUUCCCUGGCCAGGCCUUCACUUUACGUGUGGAUAAGAUCCUUGAAUCCUACAAGACUGAGUUCCAAGAAGUGUUGGUCUUCUACAACAAACAGUAUGGAAACGUCUUGGUCCUAGACGGAAUCAUUCAGUGUACUGAAAGAGACGAGUUUGCAUACCAGGAAAUGAUUGCACAUAUCCCUCUUUAUUUACACCACAACCCAAAGAGAGUCCUUAUCAUAGGUGGCGGUGAUGGUGGUGUCCUUAGAGAGGUCCUUAAACAUAAAUGUGUCGAGGAUGCAAUCAUGGUCGAGAUCGACCAAAAUAUAAUCUCUUUAGCUAAAAAAUAUUUCCCAUCAAUGUCAACAGGUUUGCAAUUGCAACCACAAUCAUCAACAAAGACUGCAGAUCCAGAGAAAGAGACUAGCAAGUUUAUUGAUCCUAGGGUCCAAUUGAACAUAUGUGAUGGCUUUGAAUAUUUAAAGAAAAUCUCUUUGGGCCCCCAGGAUAAUAAAUUCGAUAUCAUUAUUACAGAUAGUAGUGAUCCAGAAGGUCCUGCUGAAGCAUUUUUCCACAGAGACUAUUUCCAACUGCUAAAAGAUUCCUUGCGGGACCCAAACCAUGGGCUUAUCAUCUCACAGACUUCUGAAAAUGUUUGGUUAAACAUGGAUUACUUGACUGGACUGAUUAGACAAACCCGUAGUGUUUUUAGUAACGUAGAAUAUUGUUACACAAUGGUUCCAAGUUAUACGUCUGGUCAAUUGGGUCUUUUGAUUUGCAAUAAUAACAGAGAUAAAAAUUUAAGAGUACCAAUAAGAGAACCUACUGAAUUAGAACAAGAUCAAUUGAAAUAUUAUAAUAAAAAUAUUCAUUCUGCUUCCUUUGUGUUACCUAAAUGGGUUGAAGCUAAAUGGAAUAAAUCCCCUUAA